CAUAGAGAACAUUCACUGUUUACAUUUUCUCUCAUAAAAACACGACUUCAGUCGAUUCAUUUUCGAAAAGUCUUGAAAUUCCAAAAUUGUCUAUUGCAGUUUCUAAAGUCUAAAGUAAUAUUAUUCACAUUAUCAAUUAUUUAGAGCAUAAUGAGCAACAUCGAGAAAUACUUUGUGCGAGGAUUUAUCAAGUUUUUAAACAAACAAAUUCAGGAAAAGUCAGCCGAACAGGCAGAAAGCUUGGAAGUUGCAGUACAAUGCCUUGAGUCAUGUUUUGAACUCAACCAAGAUGAAUCAACAAACAGCAAUCCCUUGAAUAAUGUUGACUUAUUUGAACUCUUUAUUAACACUUACGUCACAGUCAAUCCUGAACGAAAAUCUGAAGCGGAACAGUUGAAAAAUGAUGGGAAUCGUCUCAUGAAAGAGGAAAAAUAUCAAGAAGCAUUAAACGCUUAUGGACGAGCAAUUGGAUUAGAUGCGACGAAUCCAGUCUUUUAUUGUAACCGUGCUGCUGCAUAUUCAAGAAUCGGUGAAUAUCAAAAAGCAGUUGACGAUUGCAACCAGGCAAUUCGUUAUGAUCCUAAUUAUGGAAAAGCUUUUGGACGUCUUGGUCUUGCUUACUCAAAAAUGAAUCGGCAUCAAGAAGCAAUUGAUGCAUAUAAGAACGCGAUUCGCAUAGAGCCUGACAAUCAGGAUUAUAAGAACAACAUGGAAGUCACUCAACAACGUUUGGAAGAACAACAACAAUCAGGUUCGGUUCCGAAUCUCGGCAAUUUAGGAGCUGGAUUAGGAGGCUUAGGUGGUGCUGCUGGUGGGAUAGAUUUUGCUGCUGCAUUAAAUAAUCCUGCUUUAGUCAACAUGGCAACUCGUAUGAUGACUGAUCCUUCGAUCCAGAACAUGCUUGGACAGCUUAGUGGAAUGAAUAAUGUUGAUGCACUUCUUGAGACUGGACGACAACUUGCAAUGCAAAUGAGCAGUGAAAAUCCAGAACUUUUCGCUCAAAUACGACAACAAAUGAUGGAUCAAACAGGGGAACCUGGUGCAGAUGGCACUCAACCUCCAAGCGAGCCUGGCAGCAAUCCUGAUCCUAAAGGGAACUAAUUAGACCGAAUAUAAACAAUUCUCCUUUUAAUUUUGUUUGAAGUGUUUUAUUUUCCAAUUAAAAUUAUUAGAAAUUAUUCUUUCUUAAUUGAUUUGAAAUCAUCGUUUGCUAAACAAUAAAAUUAUCUAAAGAAUAUUUGCAGUUGAUUCUGUUUUAAAUACAUAUAAGAAA